GCAGCGCUACAUCACUUUCCAGUGAGACGGUCUAGAGCUAUCAUGUCGUUUAGCUGGUCGGCAAAAGAUCACAAAAGCUACUCCAACCCGCCCUCGGCAGGGUUGAAGCGACCACGCAACGACACAGGGAACAAAGUGACAGUGGUGCUCGGCGCGCAGUGGGGAGAUGAAGGAAAAGGAAAAGUUGUCGAUUUGUUGGCGACUGAGUCUGACCUUGUUUGCAGAUGUCAGGGAGGUAACAACGCAGGCCACACGGUUGUAGUGGACGGCAAAGAAUAUGACUUUCACCUUCUCCCCAGUGGGAUCAUCAACACCAAAAGCAUUUCUCUCAUCGGGAAUGGAGUUGUCAUUCAUCUACCAGGCUUGUUCGAGGAGGGUGAUAAGAACGACAAGAAAGGUCUCAAAGGUUGGGAGAAGAGGCUGAUCGUCUCUGACAGAGCUCACCUUGUGUUUGAUUUCCACCAAGUGGUGGAUGGAAUCCAGGAGACACAGAGACAAGCACAGGAGGGAAAGAAUAUUGGAACGACCAAGAAAGGUAUUGGACCGACUUAUUCCAGCAAAGCUUCCCGAACAGGUCUGCGUGUGUGCGACCUCCUGGGAGACUUUCAGGACUUCUCAGCCAGAUUUAAGAACCUUGUCCAGCAGUACCAGUCCAUGUACCCGUCACUGACCGCAGAUGUCGAGGCUCAGCUGAAAAAACUCAAGGAGUACGGAGAGAGGUUGCGGCCGAUGGUGAGAGAUGGAGUCUACUACAUGUAUGAAGCUCUCCACGGUCCUCCCAAGAAGAUCCUGGUGGAAGGGGCCAACGCUGCCCUGCUGGACAUCGACUUUGGCACAUAUCCCUUUGUGACCUCAUCAAACUGCACCGUGGGAGGAGCCUGUACCGGCCUGGGCAUCCCUCCCCUGAACAUUGGCGAUGUGUUUGGGGUGUCGAAAGCCUACACCACAAGAGUAGGCAUCGGAGCCUUUCCUACAGAGCAGCUCAAUGCUGUAGGGGAACUUCUGCAGACCAGGGGUCACGAGGUGGGCGUGACCACGGGGAGGAAGCGCCGCUGCGGUUGGCUGGAUCUGGUCAUCCUGAGAUACGCACACAUGAUCAAUGGCUUCACCGCCAUUGCUUUGACAAAACUUGACAUCCUUGAUGUGUUGGAUGAAAUCAAAGUAGGAGUGGCCUACAAGGUCAAUGGAAAAAGAGUCCCUCAUUUCCCAGCGAACAUGGAAGUGUUGCACAAGGUAGAGGUGGAGUAUGAAACGUUCCCAGGCUGGAAGGCCGACACAUCUGCUGCCAGGAAGUGGAACGACCUUCCGGCCAAGGCCCAGAACUACAUCCGCUUUGUGGAGAACCACAUUGGAGUGCCCAUCAAGUGGGUUGGUGUUGGAAAGUCCAGAGAGUGCAUGAUCCAGAUGUUUUAAAGUGGAUAUAUCUUCCUUUGUAUCCCAACGUGAACACGAAGAUGUGGCGUGAUGUGAUGUUUAGGGUCCCAAUUCUGUCAAUCUCAUUGGCACAUUUAUGGUAACAAUUAGGAAAACAGUGCUGGACAUCAAGAAUUUUACAAGACGUUGCCUGUGUUGUCGGAAAAUGUUAUUCAGUUGAUUUAAAAGUAUAUUUAAUCGCAAAGCAGAGAAAAGGAAGUUUCACUAAUACUUACGUUACGACACCCUACUGUGUGUAUGGAGUUUACACAGUUAUUACAGCAGAUCAUUCAAGAGGCAGUCUGUUUGCACAAUAAACAUGUGUUGAAGUAAAACAGUGUGAGGAAUUAGUUGCCAAUUAUUUCACAUUAAACGUGUUGUCGAUUCUUUUUAUGUGAUGUUUGAAAAAGCCAUGUAUUUUGAGUUUUUAAGAGAAGUAAGAUUUAUAUAUGUUGCUAUUAUAUAGGCUAUUCAUUUACGCAUGUUCCUCUGUAUAUAAAUAUUCAUACAUUUCGAUCACGUGGUGUCAGUUCCAAGUGUCGUAAAAAGAAGUCAUGAUUGGUUUCGCGGGAAAGGGUUUUUCCCGUUCUGGUCUGCGUAAGUUUGUUUUGUUCUCCAGCAAGAAAGAGCACGCAGAGAAAAUGACUAAAAGAUCCUACCCUUUUGACGAAUCCUUCUCGUCGCAGUAUAAAAUUCACAUCGGACAGAAGGAGUUGAGCCAUGGAGUAUUUGGGUACAAAUACAAACAAGAAAUAUUUGAAAAGACGAAGAACCUGCUGUUCAACGGGGCCAAGGCGGUCGUGGGUAACUUAUGGAAUGGAGCUGGAGAGCGCUCAAGCCCACCGUCAGCCGCACCGGCCGAGAUUCCGACGGCUGCCCCCCCAGCGUUACUGAGGGGACAGACGACCAUCGGAUUCAACGGCAAACUGCAGAGAAACGCCCCUGUCGAAGGUGCAGCUGCGCCAGCGUCUGGCUGCUGUGUGUGUCUGAGAGCCCUGGCGACCCUGAGGUCGUGCUCAGAGUGUGAGCGUCCCGCGUGCCCCUCCUGCACCCAGCAGUGCUCCAGCUGUGCCAGUCUGUGCUGCUCUGUCUGCACGGUCGUAGAUUACAGCGGCAGGUAUGACCAGGUGCUGUGCUGUGGCUGUUCUUCCUGAGGGAGGUCUUCACCUGGGGAGGUCUUCACCUGGGGAGGUCUUCACCUGGGGAGGUCUUCACCUGGGGAGGUCUUCACCUGAGGAAGGUCUUCACCUGAGGGAGGUCUUCACCUGGGGAGGUCUUCACCUGAGGAAGGUCUUCACCUGAGGAAGGUCUUCACCUGAGGGAGGUCUUCACCUGGGGAGGUCUUCACCUGGGGAGGUCUUCACCUGAGGGAGGUCUUCACCUGAGGGAGGUCUUCACCUGGGGAGGUCUUCACCUGGGGAGGUCUUCACCUGGGGAGGUCUUCACCUGAGGGAGGUCUUCACCUGAGGGAGGUCUUCACCUGGGUCAAAAUGGAGUACUGCUUGAAUAUUUUUGUUUUCCCACAGUUUUGCAUGAAUUAUAUCACAUUUUAUACAUCCUUUUUAUGAUGCAAAUGUUUAUUUGUAAAUAUGUAUUUUAACAUUCCCAAAUAAAUGCUUAAAUCUUU